AGCUGGGCGAGAAAGAAACUAAGAUACUACAAUCCGAAAUUCGGUUGUUUGAAAGAGCAGUGCCCUCAUUCAACCCGCCAUUUUCCACACGUUAUUCAAAGAUAUCCCCAUCUCCUCCGGUCAUCUUCUCCGUCAACUCUCUUGUAUUAUAGCUCACGUAACCAGAAUUUCCAUAAAGAAAAAAAAUAACUCACAUCUCCAUUCUUAUUUCCUCGAGAACCAGAACCACCGAUCCACCAUUACUCUACUUUGAACAUCAACUAAAAUGAGGGUGUGUGUACGCAUGAGCCCCCCUCUUUUUCUUCUUCUUCUCGUCAUUAUUCAGUAUGCUUCUUGUGAGCUACCAUCUUUUCAGUUAACCACCAUGAACACCCUCCUUCAACUGCUACAGACCCACAACCAUAAUUCCAAAUGGAAUUCUUCUUCGCAAGACUUAACAAACCCCUGUUCAUGGACAGGGGUUUUAUGCAACCCAAACAAUUCGUUUAUCACUGAGCUUUCGCUCUCGUCUUUCUCUCUUUUCGACAUCAGCAAUGAUUAUUCUUGGUCUUCUCUUGUUUGCGGGAUUGAAACGCUAGAAAAGCUUGAUGUUUCCAACAAUCAGCUGGCCGCAAUCGCGCCUCCGUUGUUGUUGUCUUCUUGUGGUGGUUUGAAGGUUUUGAACUUUAGUAACAACAUGUUGAGUGGUAACAUUCCCAGUUUUCAGACUACUUUAGAGCGUUUAGAUCUUUCUCAUAAUUUUUUACAUGGUGUUAUUCCUGAUCAAAUUACAGAACUGGUUAAUCUUUCUGUUCUUGAUCUUAGUUACAAUCGCCUCAGCGGGUCAAUUCCUGCUAGUAUUGGUCAACUGUCCAGAUUGCAACAGUUGAUUCUCUCUGCAAACAACCUCACUGGUGAAAUUCCAACGCCCAUCACACUAAUCAAUACUUUAAAACGUUUUUCUGCGAAUCAGAACGCUUUUACUGGUGCAGUCCCACUGGGAAUUACUAGGUAUCUUAGUUAUUUAGACCUGAGUUAUAAUAGGUUAACCGGGUCAGUCCCAAGUGACCUUCUGUCGCAGCCGAAUCUGCUGACUGUUGAUCUAUCUUUUAAUAAGCUAGAGGGUUCGAUACCUGUCAAUGUGUCGAAAAGUAUGGUUAGGUUGAGGCUAGGUAGCAAUCAGUUAAGUGGGGGAUUACCGUCGUGGUCAUUCGGGAAUGAAGUUCCAUCAUUAACUUAUUUAGAAGUUGGUAACAACAGGUUAACCGGGAUGAUCCCACCCGAGUUGAGAUUAUGCAAGAAUUUGUCGCUUUUGGACUUGUCACACAACAGACUAUUUGGUUAUGUUCCUAGGGAGUUAGGUGAUCUUAACAAAUUACAAGUUGUUCAGCUUGAUCACAACAAUCUAACCGGAGAGAUCCCGAAUGAAAUUGGUGAGUUACAGAUUCUAGUGAGGCUAAACAUGAGUUGGAAUUCACUGAAUGGUUCCAUCCCACCAUCACUUUCAAAUUUGCAGAAGUUGAUUAAUCUUGACUUGCAAGUCAACAAUCUGACCGGCCCAAUUCCCGACUCGUUUGGUACCAUGAAUUUGCUAUUGGAGCUUCAACUCGGGAGGAACAGACUCGGUGGUGUUAUAAGGUCUCUGCCCACUAACUUGCAGAUUGCUUUAAAUCUCAGUAGAAACAACUUUGAAGGGCCGAUACCACAAUCUCUAUCCAGAUUGCAAUCACUCGAAAUCUUGGAUCUUUCAAACAACCGAUUCAAUGGUGGUAUUCCAAAUUUCUUGACUCAAAUGGGGAGCUUGACACAGAUACUACUUUCCAACAAUUUACUUACAGGCCUGGUUCCUCAGUUCCAUAAAAAUGUUAAUGUAUCCACUGAGGGGAAUAUAAAUUUGUUAUAUCCGCCACCAACGUCCCCGUCUGUAGAUAGGAAGAAUAAUAACGCAGCGUCUGUGGGAAUCGUCGUGGCUUCCAGUACUGCAUCACUUGUUGAGCUUAUGGUAGUUGUAAUUGUGGCGGUUAUAGUUUUAAGGAAGGUUCAUAGGAUCAACCACUGAAAAAAAAAGUAUAGAUCUGAAUGGACAUCUAUUUUAGGAAAUGCAAUAGUUGUUUAUGUAAAUCUUAACAGAUGUCAUUUUCUUA